UGUGUCUCGCUUUCGCAGCGUUCGCCUCGUUAAAUUUAUAGCUAAAACGGACGCAGCGUCGCCGUUGUCGUCGUCAUCGUUGUCGUCGUGUGUUCGUCGUCGACGUCGUUGUUGUUGCUAUUAUUAUUGCGUUUAGUCGAACGAUCUAGCGCAAAUCGUGUCAAAUAAACCAGCGCCUUGCAUUAAGUUGCUUAAGCUUAAUUUAAUACUCGCACACAGAGACAGACUCUCACACAGCAAACUGCAAGUUAAUAUAAGAAGCAGAAGAAGAAGAGAGGCCAUUGUGACAAAGUUCCAAGUGCAGCGGCGUUAACGUUGACGUCGGCGUCGCGGCGUCGCCUGCAUGUGUGUGCCUUAAUUUUGUGUUUCCUGUGGAGAACAAGAACAGACAACAACAAUAAAAUAUAAAGCAACAAGUGGCAGGCAACAAAAACAACAACACGAGCUUUCUUUAAAAGCCGGCUGCGCAGUGAAAAUAAGAGCGCUGUGAGAGUGUGAGAGAGAACAACACACUGUUCAGUUUCUUUUGGAUUUUCAACAAGCUUGUCAUAAUGGCUGCGUUUAAGCAACUGAGUGAAUUCCACGUGGCGGCGGUUCUAUUGGAAAGCCGCCUAGAUGCGUUUUUGCUUUGAUAGGCUGUGUUUCGCGACUAAGCGACCAGCCAACAACAACAACAGCAGCAGCAACAGCAAUAGUCACAGUCACUAUCUGAGCACCUCAAAUGAGCUGAGCAGCAACACAUUCGCAGCAGCAGCAGGAACCACAGCAACCACAGAUGCACCCACAGCCAGCAGCAGCAGCACAGCAUCAACACCCGUUACAGUCUAUGCCGAAUAUCAAAAGCUGCAGCCAGCGAUAAUCAGACGAGAUCGCGACGACACUGACGCCAAACCGCCAGACAUAGCACAUACUAACGAGAGAGAGCUAGACUCGCAAUUGGAAUCGGAAUCGGAGAGGGAGAGAGUAAAGCAGCACCCCCAACCUCAAGCAGAAGCAAUAGAAUUACAAACAUAUUCCCAGCCAUUGCCUUACGUUCCUCUUCCCCCCAUUGCUGUUGCUUUAUUGUGUCGGUAUCGGCGUCACAGCAGCGCCGAAGAUCGACUGCGCACGAGUCCGAAUCCGAAUCGGAGUCGGAUUCCGAAUUUGUAUUCGUCUCCGUUGAUACUGCGAAAAGCGAUCAGCAUGCAGCAGGAGCCGAACGCCAACUAUCAGUUUCAGCCCGACCUGGGUCUGGUGAACAUCGUCAACAACAACAAUAACAUUAAUAAUAAUAAUAACAAUAACAACAACUUUGGCCCACACCUCAACAGCGUGAGCAACAGCAACAACAACAACAGCGGCGGUGGCGGUGGCGUCGUCACGUUGCCAGCAGCCAAUAGCAUCGGAGUGCUUGGACUGGAGCAUACAGCAGAUGGUCUGCGAUUGAUACCACAACCAGCGCCACCUUGUCACUCGGAUGUGUUGACGCACACACUGAUCUACGGGACACCGCCAUCGGGUACAUUGCAGCAGCUGCACACGGAUCCGCGCAGUUUGCUGCACCAGCAGGAAUUGCAGUUGCAGCAACGCUACCAGCAACUGCAACAGCUGCAGGCACAGACCCAGGGUGUCUACACGGCCCCUGGCAGCCCCGUGCAGGUGUUGUAUCAGCCAGUGCAGGCAACGAUUAGUCAACCGGUUGCCAUACCUGGCACCUGUCACUCACCCACCACACACCCGCCGCAGCCACUUCAGCAGCAGCAACAGCAUCAGCUACAGCAAAAGCUACAACUGCAACUGCAGCAGCAAUACCAUCAGUUGCAGGAGUACCAACAACAGCAGCAACAGCAACAGUUGCCACCACAGCCACCCAACUCUUUGGCGCUGGCACAACAAAUGCAGGGAUUACGCAUUUCGGGCUGCACUCCCGGCAGUAGCUCGGCCACGCCCUCGCCGGUGGGCAUGGUCGAUGCCACGCUGAUGAUGAGCAACAAUACUUAUGUGGCUGCCACGCCGCAGGAGGAGCGCUUCAUACAGAUCAUACAGGCAAAGGAACUCAAAAUACAGGAGAUGCAGCGUGCCCUGCAAUUUAAGGAUAACGAAAUCGCCGAACUGCGUUCGCAUCUCGACAAGUUCCAGAGCGUCUUCCCCUUCAGUCGCAGUGCUGGCGCCACAUCCGCCUCGACAAUCAGCAGCAAUGCUGGACCAAACAGUGCAACGGGUGCCACACGCAAGUCGGGACAAACGUUUCAGCGGCAACGUGCUCAGGGCAUCUCAGCGGAACCGCAAAGUGAAUCCUCGGUGCUGCUCGAGAAUGUCAGCUUCCCCAAAUAUGAAAAGGAUGAGCGCUCCCGUGAACUUAUCAAAACGGCCAUUUUGGAUAAUGAUUUCAUGAAGAACUUGGACUUGGCGCAAAUACGCGAAAUAGUCGAUUGCAUGUAUCCAGUCAAAUAUCCAGCCAAGAAUCUGAUCAUCAAGGAGGGAGAUGCCGGUAGCAUUGUCUAUGUUAUGGAAGAUGGACGCGUCGAGGUCUCGCGUGAGGGCAAAUAUCUGUCGACGUUGUCGGGGGCGAAGGUGCUCGGCGAAUUGGCGAUACUCUACAAUUGCCAGCGCACGGCGACAAUCACAGCGAUCACAGAAUGCAAUCUGUGGGCAAUUGAGCGUCAAUGCUUCCAGACAAUCAUGAUGCGAACUGGACUCAUACGCCAGGCCGAGUACACGGACUUCCUCAAGAGUGUGCCCAUAUUCAAGGACUUGCCGGAGGAUACGCUUAUCAAAAUCUCCGAUGUGCUGGAAGAGACGCACUAUCAGCGCGGCGACUACAUUGUGCGCCAGGGAGCACGAGGCGACACUUUCUUCAUCAUCUCGAAGGGUAAAGUGCGGGUGACGAUCAAGCAACAAGACACACAGGAAGAGAAGUUCAUUCGCAUGCUCGGCAAGGGCGACUUCUUCGGUGAGAAGGCGUUGCAAGGUGAUGAUCUGCGUACUGCAAACAUCAUUUGUGAGUCGCCGGAUGGCGUCAGUUGUUUGGUCAUCGAUCGCGAGACUUUCAAUCAACUGAUCUCGAGUCUGGAUGAGAUCAAGCAUCGCUACGACGAUGAAGGUGCCAUGGAGCGCAGAAAAAUCAAUGAGGAGUUCCGGGACAUUAAUUUGACGGAUCUGCGUGUGAUUGCCACACUCGGUGUGGGCGGCUUUGGACGUGUCGAGCUGGUGCAGACCAAUGGCGAUAGCUCUCGUUCGUUUGCGCUCAAGCAGAUGAAGAAGUCACAGAUUGUGGAGACACGUCAGCAGCAACACAUCAUGUCCGAGAAGGAGAUCAUGGGCGAGGCCAAUUGCCAGUUCAUUGUGAAGCUCUUCAAGACGUUCAAGGACAAGAAGUAUCUGUACAUGCUGAUGGAGAGCUGCCUGGGCGGUGAGCUCUGGACCAUACUGCGAGACAAGGGCAACUUUGAUGAUGCCACCACGCGAUUCUACACGGCGUGCGUGGUAGAGGCCUUUGACUAUCUGCAUUCGCGCAACAUUAUCUACAGGGACUUGAAGCCAGAGAAUCUGCUGCUGGACGAGAAGGGCUAUGUGAAGCUCGUGGACUUUGGUUUUGCUAAGAAGCUGCAGUCGGGCCGCAAGACGUGGACAUUCUGCGGCACGCCCGAAUAUGUGGCACCCGAGGUGAUAUUGAAUCGUGGCCAUGACAUAAGUGCCGACUACUGGUCUUUGGGUGUGCUCAUGUUUGAGUUGCUCACAGGCACUCCUCCAUUUACGGGCUCGGAUCCCAUGCGUACCUAUAACAUAAUACUUAAGGGCAUCGAUGCCAUCGAAUUUCCCCGUAACAUAACACGCAAUGCCAGCAAUCUGAUCAAGAAACUCUGUCGCGACAAUCCCGCCGAGCGUUUGGGCUAUCAACGUGGCGGUAUUAGUGAGAUACAGAAGCACAAGUGGUUCGAUGGCUUCUAUUGGUGGGCGCUGCAGAAUCGCACGUUGGAGCCACCAAUAAAGCCGACGGUGAAGAGCGUUGUGGACACGACAAACUUUGAUGAUUAUCCACCAGAUCCAGAGGGACCUCCACCAGAUGAUGUCAGCGGCUGGGAUAAAGAUUUUUAGUGCUUAAGACUUAUGGCAAACUUAUGGAUAUGACACUGCUCUCUAGCAUCGCACCUGGAAUGAAUGGCAUAGAUGGAUUCCGGAAAUUAGGACGCCAUUCUGUACGCCAAAGCAAUAGUCAAAAAAGGAGGGGCAGGUGAAACAAUCGCAUUGCCCAGAACAGCUCAACAGCUCAACAUGCAGCUCAUUGUCUCAGAUCUGAUCAUCAUGAUGAAAACAUGUGCAACACUAAGAAUUUAUUAACGAGUUUAUGUUUAUGUUUUAUACAACUGUAACUAUAACAGAAGAGAAACAAAAACCUAUAACUAUAACUAUUAUAAUUAUUAUUUUAUUAUUAUUACAUGUAAUGAUUGAUGAGAAAUUCUGUCUAGUUGAUUGGAAAUUGAUAUAAAUUGUAAGUAGGUUCGUUUGUCUGGCAAUGAGGCAAAGCCGUCGGUCGCAGCUCUGUUCUGUUCCAUUAUGUAAAUUGUUUUCCAAACUAUGUAAAAUUACAAUUAAUAAUCAUUAAUAAUUGUUAAUGUACCAAGUGCAAAACACACACACAUAUAAACACGCACACAAUCACACACACAUCAACACACGUACAUACAUACAUACACAAAUCGGGUUGCCUUAUAGUCUGUAAGCUGAUUUUUAUGCAAUUUAUGAUUAAGACCCUCAUGCUCAUAACAUUUCUUUUCCCUUACCCCCAAUUGUUUUUUGAAACUGUCAUGAUGUUAAUGUGGAUCUACUGCAGUUAUCCCCCAUAUGUCAUUAGCAUUAGCCAUCGUUUUCUAUAUCUAUGUAUAUCUAUAUGUAAAUGAAUAUAAAUCGCCUUUUUAAUUGUCUAAUUUAAGUAAAAUGAGCUAGAAAUUAAAUAAAUAACAAAUUUAUGCGCUUUGAAUAAAACGUUUUUUUAUUUUUAUUUUAAAUUGGUGUGAAAAUUUAAAGCGAGAAACAGCCGAAGAAAAAUAUUAAAAUAAAGUAAUUAACGCAUUUACUAUAAACAAAAAUUGCCGACAGCGAAAACUCAAUAAAAUAAUAAAAUUAAACAGCAUUAUUCUAAUGCAAAUAACACACAUACAACAACACAUUGAAAAGCAACAAUUUCUACGCAAAGCUGAACAAAGAGUAUAUAAACUGCCCUUUUAUUACUCUUCAUUCAAAUGUAAAUUACGCGCAAAGAAAAAACAAAAAUAAUUAUUUAAUUUCAAUGCAAAUUGCGCGCAGGCGCAACGAUAAGCACACUAAAUACACAAACGCAAAGAUAAGCGAAAUGCAGUCUGCUCACAAUCAAGUCAAGGGCUAAUGACGUCACACGAUAAAUGCCGGAGCUCAAAUUGCCUGGGCUGCAAAGCAUUGAAACGACCCGAGCUACCAGGCAAACAGAAAUAAAAGAAAGCAGCUCUCCCGCUUGGACACACAGCAUGCAGUGACUUGCAUUUACAGUCUGAAUAUCACGCCACCCACUCUAGCACAUGGGUGACUGCCGAUCACAACAAAACUGCAGUGCAUUGCGCACGUGUGCCAGCUCUCUUACUCUCACUGUUGUUCGCUCUCUGUGCUUUGCAAAGCAGCUGCCAUUUUGGCUCUCUGCUUGGCGCUCUCUUUACAAUGUUAAACAGCUGUCAUUCGAGCUCUUCCAAUGGCGCUCUCUGUGCUGACGCCAUGUGUGCUUGUGUAUGUAUGUGCUUGUGCUUGGCGCUUACAUUUUACUUGGGCGCUCUAUGGAAAAAUACCCCUACUGUUAAUUCUGUUCGCCUGGUACUUCGUUUGGCAGAAAUUAAGAAAUUUGAGGUCCGCUGCAGCUCAAAUUGAUUUACAACAACAACAAUAAGAAGAAGAGCAACGAAAAGACCAAACAAGUGUUGUUGUUGCGUUAUCAGUAUUUGAGUAUAACUCGGUCAAUACUUGACCGAUUCCGACAUGCCGCAUGUGAAACGACGCGUCUCGAUGAGGACAACCCAAUUACAUUAAAUGAUCCUAAGAGGAUAACCCCAAAUCCAUGAGAUUACUAUAUUUUUAAGAUAAUACCAUUGACAGUAAGUAUUUUACAAAAUUGGAGUAUUUAUUUAGAAUAAAAUCACAUUUACAUGUCAUAUUGGAGCUUUUGAAAGAGUAUUUUAAAGUCUAGCGUGUUUGACGGCAGCUCAACGAUGAGCUUCCUGCAUUGAGGCACUCGAGCUGUAAACUUGGCCAAAACACACGUUUUGACUCAAUGAGCAUUGCAAUUCGAAUGCAAAAGAACAAGCCGAAUUUAAUGAAAUGAAAAUAAACAAAAGAAACGAAAUUGCAAAAUUCAAAAUAGACUUAAGAACAAAACUCAGCUACGUGCGCAACGAGACUUCAACAGCAAAUACGAGAAAAUCAGAGAAAGCUGAGAAAGAACUGUCACAUGCUUCGGUUCACUUUAUAGAGAACACUCUGUGUGACAAGUCUGCAACUGCAUGUUGUCGAAAUUAUAAAUAUAAAAAAUACUUAUAGUACUAAUCAGAGUGAUUUUGUUUAAGCAAAUUGUGUCAAAUCAAUAAGAGCGCUCUAUUUUUUAAUGCAUCAUGAUUAGCUGGAGUGUGCUGUGGUUACUUCUGGCGCUGAGCAUAGCCGUCAGCUUAGGACUACGUCUCGAGAAUCUAACACAGCAGCAGGUUGGUAAGUUUAAAGAUUACAAGUUUAGAUAGACGGAAUCAAUAACUGAUAUUAGAAUCACAUCUAAUCGGUUUAGCUUGCAAACAGCCAAAGGCGCCGGGCUUAUGCCGGGGUCGGCAACUGCGCUACGCUUAUAACAAGGAGACGGACAACUGCGAGAGCUUCUACUACACGGGGUGCGCAUCCACGGACAACAAUUUCCUGACCUAUGAAGAGUGCCGACGGGAUUGCAUGCACCGUGGACGCUACUAGACUAAACCUAAUAAAUGCUAACUCUUAUAUUUUCUUGACCAAUUUAC